GGCUCUGGUUCAGCAGUUCUGUCCACCCUCUGCCCCAAAGCCUCCAGUUCCGCUUUUCGAGACAGGGCUGGGAUUGGGAUCAAAAGAGGAAUGUUCCUCAGGGGCUCCGACUGCCCCGUGGCAGGGAGGAGCUGUGUGGGGACCCAGGCACAGCUCACUGUCCCCAGGGACACGGUGACAGUGCCCCAAGGAAGCACCUGCUGGUCCCCAGAAGUGGGCCAGCAAUUCCCUCUGGCCCUGCACACGGAGGAGAACCCCGCGGGGUUUGGCAGGAAAGUCUUCCUGUGUCACAGAUGAUUCUGGGAUCAGCACUGGAGCCGGGUCAGGGCAGUGGUGACUGGGGAGCACACGAGGAGCCCCCAGUGCCCCAUCACCCAUUCCAGUGGGGACUGGGCGCUGCCAGGCUGGCAGGGCUGGGCCCACCAGCAAAUCCCCCCUGGCCUGGGGCCACUUUCCCCUCCCUUUGUGGGCUCUGGCUGGGCACAGGGGGACCAAGUUCAUCCCAAACCACAAUUGCCACCUCUGCCAGCAGCUCCGGCCGUGGCGGAUGUGCUGGAAAUAACCCUGGUGAGGCCGUGCUCGCCUCUGCCAAGGCCACGGGACCCUAUAAAGACACCCAGGGAGGCAGGGCUGCACUCAGCUCAGCACAGGAAGGCACCAUGAGGUCCCUCGUCCUGCUGGCCCUCUUGGCCCUGCUCACCCUUGGCCUCUGCCGCAGAGCUGCUGAUGGCUCUGCCAGCACCCAGGACUCACCCAGCUCUGAAGCCUUCGUGUCCAGACGUGCCAGCGCUGAGCUGGUGCAGCGACAGAAGCGCAAUUCCGGCUCUGGCAGCGUCUCUGGAGCCCCGUGGGACCCCCUCGAGGCCAAGCGGGAGGUGUGCGAGCUCAACCCCGACUGUGACGAGCUGGCUGACCAGAUCGGGCUCCAGGAGGCCUAUCGGCGCUACUAUGGCCUCGUGUAGGCCAGCCCUGCUCUGGGGCGGGGGCUGAGCUCCCCCAGACCCCCCCUGGACACCCUCUCACCCUUUCUGUCAGCCCUGGAAAGGAAUAAAUGCAAAUGGUCGA